UUGGUAGAUGGUUAUAAUAUUACAAUUGAUGAAGAGGUUGUUCCUGGAACACUCAUUAAAUUAAAAUUUGAUUCUGAAGCGGCAAUCACAUUGGACAAGGCGUUCGCAAAUUUUUAUAAUAAUAAAGAUAUCAUAAAUAAUAUUUAUGAUAUUAUAGUGUUUAGAUCUAAUGAGAGUUUCAUCCUAAAUGUUAAAGGACAACCUGCUCCAUACUCUCCGCCGUACUUGACGAGCUUUAAAAUAAAUGGCAACGAAUUAUGUAGCCAGCCUAAUUUGACAUACUUUGAGGAUUAUCCGGUAGGAGUUGUCAGACGUCCCAACGUUCCUGAUCAAUAUUGUGGAAGACGUAAAGUCAUUCAUGUCGAGCUUAUAACAAAUGGAUUUAAAACUAAACCGGGGGAAUGGCCCUUCCAUGCUGCACUACACCGUCGGGAAAAAACGGGUCUAAGAUACACUUGUGGAGGGACAUUGAUUUCCAAGUUCUUUGUUUUGACAGCUGCUCAUUGCACUACCGUAAGAGGAGUAGCCAUUCUACCUGAAAUCUUUAGUGUUUUUCUGGGAAAAUAUAAUUUGUUUGGUGGCGAUGUGUCGAUACAAGAAAAAGAGGUUUACAAGGUGUAUGUUCAUGACGAAUUUACGUACAGGACUUUGGAUAAUGAUAUCUCUCUAUUGAAAUUGAAAACUGAAGCGGUAUAUGAUAAUUACGUGCAACCAGCUUGUUUAUGGUUUAACAAUGUAUACGAUCAGUUACCUUCACCGCAAAUUCUGGGCACGGUACCAGGCUGGGGUUUUGAUUUAAAUGACGCCUUGUCUCCAACUCUUCACGCAGCCAGCAUGCCUUUAGUUUCUGACAGGACUUGUGAACUAACCAACCCUUUAUUUUAUGUACAAGCUCUACGUAGUGCUAAAAAGUUCUGUGCCGGCUAUACAAAUGGAACCUCUGCAUGUAAUGGUGAUAGUGGAGGUGGGUUUCAUGUCUUUGUUCCUGAUUUAGCAAAAAGCAAUAUCUCAGACGUACCCGGAGCUUGGUAUAUCAGAGGCAUUGUGUCCGUCAGCCUUUCGAGAACCGAUGCUGCUAUUUGUAAUCCCAAAGCUUACGUCGUUUUCACCGACGUUGAAAAAUAUUUAGAUUGGAUAAAAACUUACGUAUAUUCAUAG